UGUGUGUGUGUGUGUGUGUGUGUGUGUUUUGGAGGAAAGAGAGAGAUUUCUGUGUUCACUUCUGGGAAAUCACUGUAGCAGGCUCUGAGAACCCAGAAACCAUCCCAGCAGGGAACUGAAACCAGUCACUGGAGAGAUGGGCUUUUGAAAUAAAUGGGUAUUCUGAGAGGCAGCACAUGCCUACUCUCUAUCCUUAGUGAUUCCAGGGCCUGGGUCUUGCUUCACCUUAGCAUAGACCAUAAUUCUGGGAGGCCAGCCUGAAUAGAGAAGGCUUUCUUUGAUACGUGCAGCUUCUAUUGUGUAGAGGGGUGGGGGUGAGAACAUGGGAACUUGGAAUGCUACCACUUCCUUUUUUUUUUUUUUUUUAAGUGAACCUGAAAAUACUUUGUGAUCUUUCUGCUGUCUCUUUGUGUGCUGGUAGGCAAAUACGCAUGCACACGAAACAAGAGCAUGUGUGUGAGGGAAGCAGGAAAUGUCUCAGAGCAUAGGAACCAUGUUUUACAGUUUCUUUGAUCAGCAACACUUGGUGAACCAGGCCCAAAUGGGGGAGGGCUGAUGAUAAGAGGCUGGACAGAUCAGGCCUGGGUGUUUUCUCUCACUAUUGUCUUCCACAGAAUGUUUUCAAGGGCUCUGCAAGCCCUAUCCAUCUGGUUUAGCCUAAGUUCUCAGCCUGGGAAACAGUACUACUUAGUGAUUUAGGACUACCAUUUGUAGUGAUUCUUGAUUUCCUUUGCUUAGUUUCUUUCUGGAUAAAAAUUGAACAGGGACAAAGUAGCUAUUUAAGAAGGGAAAUAAGUGAACCAUGUUGGGUCCGAUCAUUUUCUUCAGAUUGGAUUACCUGCAAAGUCCUCACCUCUUUGAGUUGUGCUUCUUAAGCAUGUAUCUCAUCAUCUCCUGACUUAAAGAUAACUCUGUCUGAUUCUUAGGAACUCUCUUCCUUAGGAAUUAGUGUGUGGAGUCUCUUUAUACUUCUGAUUCACAACUAAAUAUGAAAUUUCCCACUCCAGGAGCAUGAAGCAAAGAGCUGGGAUAAAGUUUGCUGAUGGGUUGAAAUACUUAACCAAACUUCAACAGUCUGAGUGGGACUGUCACUCCCAAAGCUGUCAGCAGAGAAAGGCCCUCUGUAUCAUUCUAUUCAAAACUGGCUCUGGAAUUGAGUCCUCAUCCCAUGGGGAAGGUCUUCUGGGGGCUUUACAUUCCUUGUUACUAGUGUUCCUGGAUAUCUCUUUCACUUCCCACUUCCUUUUGAUUUCUCAGAAGACUAGUCUCUCUUCUGAGCCAUUGCCUUCUAUGUACCCAGGUAAGAGCUAAGUGGCUCUUCCCCUACCAAAACUCCUGACUUUGUCCUUUCCCCAUAGGACCCCCAGGAGUCUUUCUGUCCCUCUGCUGACUGUUCCCAGGAAAUCAGCACCUCAAGGCCUGAGAAUGCUGCACUCUCCACUGAUCACCUUCAAACUCCGUUCCCCUCCUACUGACUCUUUUGCCUUGCUUAUUCUGCUGUGACCCUUUAAUGUCUGUUCUGUGCUACUAGCUGGCCUUCCAUGAAACCCAAGUCUUAUAACGAUGAACUUCCUGAGCAGGAAUUGUCCACCUUUGUUCUUCAGGGACCUGAGUCUGCACCUUUAACCUCUUGCAGGUAUAUUUGAGAUUGUAAUCUAGUGCAUUGGGGAGGCUUAGCCAGGCAGGCUGCAAAGUCUGUACUACAGAGAGCUGGGGGAGAUUUGGGUACUCUCUGCUACCACUACAGGGGUGAUAUUCAGAAGAGAGGGGACCUCAUACUGUGACCUGACCCGGACCCUCCCUGGAAGAGAGCUCAGCCCAGCUGUGUGUGUGUGUGAGAGAGAGAGUGUGAGUGUGAGAGAGAGUGUGUGCACCUGUGUGUAAAAUGACUGUUAUCUGGUUGUGUUACUCAGGGUGGGCUGGGGACUCACCAGAAGAAUCCCCCCCUAGCCUGCCCAAGACAGGAUUUUUUUCCUUGUACCCUCUUCAGAGAGGUCAGGGGAAGAGGAUCCAGGUGGGUUGAGGGGGUCACAAUGGAUAACCACUAAGGCCACACUGCUGCCAGGAAGAGAAGAGGGAGAUGAGGUGGGCACUUGGCUUUGGUUUUCCGUCUUCUUUCCUCAGGACGCCCUGAGGCCUGGGACCUGGGCCUGGCUUUGAGGAGCAUCUGUAGCUGGGUGAUCCCACUGCUGGUGUGACCAUGGGCUUCCCUCCUCUCUCAGCAGGGCAGGCACUCCUGCCCCAGAGACUGGGCAAUUGGCUGUUUCUAUGACGUAUUUAUUUUUACUUGUGUUUCAUGUCACUUUUUUAAAAAAGCAAACAGAACAAUUGUAAGUCAGUAUAACUGCCUAUCAGUUUUCUUUAUUUCUCUUUUUGUAAAAUAAAAUUUAAACUCAAGAAGGCAAUGUUGUUUGAUCAAGGAAUGGUCUGAAUAGCUCUAUGGCUGGGUAGUGGUGAAAGGACUACAACUCAGAGCAUAGUGGCCACUGGGAUAGCACUUGUGGGGUGAGACAGGUGGCAAGGAAGACUGCUGACAGGCUUUCUGUUGCAGUGGGGUUCACCAGGCUUUUUCUGCUUUUGCUCACCUGAAGGAGGCCUGCAUUUCCAGGCUCUAGGGGAAACAGCAAAGCUAACUUAGAGUGGAUUGAGGCUAGUUGGUCCUCAGCCAUCACAAGUCCUGCAGGGGCAGCCCUGACUAGAUUGUGAGUGGCUGGGGAUUGGACACAGCACCAGUGCCUUCAGAGGGUGGGAGAUGGUGUCUCUGUGAGUGGCCGGUGGCAGAGUAUUCUUACACUGUAUUUGCGUCCUCUAAUUGUCAUCUGAGUUAGGGGAUCUAGCCACUGGCUCACAGAGAGCUAACCAGGGCUUUGGAGUGUGAAAGGGGAAGAGGAGACAAUCCACUUUGGCUCCCUAAAUUUAAUUUCUGUAACGGGAGAAGCCCUGGGGAAACAUUCUCUGGAAAUUUACAAAGGGGGAAUUAAAAAGCCUCUAUAGGGAUUCCUUGGACAGAGGAAGGGUGGAGGAGACAAAGGCCAAGUCUGGGCUCCUGGUAGGAGAAUAGGUGCUAUUGAGAGAACUGGAGUGGAGUGUGGAUGGGGCAGAUGACUGCUGGGUGAGAUCUCAGACCUGUUACAAUAGGGAUGGGGGGCGGGGGCGGGAGAUGAAGAAAGUUCCUUGCAAAGUGGGCUGCUGCCCUCUGGUGGCCAGCUGAGGCCUUGCAGGGAUCCUGCCAAGUGUGGUGCUUGCAAUGUUGGAAGCAGCCUGAGAUGAAGCCUGGCAGGCUGAUGGCCGGCAGGCUGAUGGCCUGCAGCCCCAGUCCCAGUCUCCAGCAAUCUCUCCUUCCACAAUAGAAGUGUGGAAGGUCCUAAGGCACACUCUGAACUCUGACAUGGGGCGCUGGAGUUCCCUAACUAGACUAAAGGAAGUGAACAAAAAGGACAAGAUGAGGAAUGGGCAACUCUAGACAACAGUUUCCUGGGAGAAGCAAAUUAGCUUCUGAGAAGCAGAAUUGACUGUUCAAAUGCUGCAGGCAGAGGUUGUCUGUCUCUGAGCUGGUGCUAUAGCCCCUCCUUGUGUCAUAGGAAAUGCUUCCAACUGUGUAGCCCACCUGCCUGGGCACCUGGGGCUUGGUUAUGUGCCUGACAUUCAUAGGUAAAACAACUGCCAUGACCUGCGAUGGCCUGUCCCUGCAUGCCUAUGGAGCCUGCUGCCCACUUUGCCAAUCUGCCCAGAGGGCUGGGACAGGCCUGACUUUGUGGAUGAGGUUCAAUCUUCCCUGCCUGUGGAAGGAAGAAUGUGAAGCAGAGGGAAAGGAAGCCAGGAUUGCGACGGCCUCUGUGUCCCUAGCCUGCCCUUUGUUAGUGCAGUAGUUGGAUCCACAAGAAGAUGUACCAACUGUGGCUGCUGACUUUUUUUCACCACCGCCUUCCUGGUGUCCCCGUCAGAAUGAUCCCCCUUCCAAACACCAAUCCUUGUCAGGAGCACCAACAUAGUUCUCUGACCAGCCUGUCUUGUAGCUGAGUUUAUUAUGAGCAUCGUUGUCACCUUUCCCACCUCCUCCACCAGAGUCUGGGACUCUCAGAAGGGCAGAGUUUGAUCUUUGAACCCCUAGCAGAGUGCUUUACAGUUUGUAGGUCUUCAGAAAUAUGAGCUGAAGAUGGGACCGGAUCAUCAAGGAUCUUACUCUUGACCUGGGAAUUACCUGAUUAUUGCUACACCAGAAGGGUAGACCAACCUUCCCCAGCCAUAGCCUGGGGCAUUGAGGGAGGAGCUGGGAAGGGGACUUUCCCGACUAACUAGAGGUCCAGGAGGGCGGGGCCCUGACUUUUAUGUUCACACUGUAUUCCCAGCUCCUAGAACUGUCCUGGCAGGGAGUGGUACUCAAUAAAUGUUGGAUGAAUGAUCACCCCUUUGUUCACGGAAGAGGGGUGGUGGGUGGAGGCAAGAAGCGCCGUCCACAGGUGGAAUCCACCAUCUCCUUCCCUGAAUCUAGAUGGGGCUUCAGCUUCCUCGGCUGUAAAACGGGAGCAAGUGGCCUUGUCUUGCUUGGUUCCCAGGUUUGUUGCCGAGCUUCAGUGAGGUUUGGAAAUGGCAGGACUAAAGGCGGCAAAUCCCAGAGGCUGAUACUGUGCUGCGCCUCCCUAACCUGUACAAACGCUCCCUUUGGCCCUCUACUGCACGCCACUGGGCUAACUUCUGCCCAGCGCCUGGGGCCAGGCUGUUACUGGGGGGCUCCUGCCAACCCAGAUGCCCUGUCGUGUUGCUAUGUCACCGGCAACCGGGGAGUUUGUUGGAGGCGGAAGGUACGCGGUGGGUCCAGUUCCAGGAGAGUCACGCUUGCCCGUUGCCAUGGAGAUGGGGCGGGGCAGGCCUCCGCCCUCCGAGUCCCGCGCGCACGCGCCCACGGCCAAGGCCACGUCCCGCCGCGAGAAGGGGCGGAGCGAGCGUGCGCGUUUGGCGCGCGCAGGCUCCACGACCUGGCCCGAGCCGCCUGCGCGGAUCGGCGUCCGCGGCGGGCGGCUGCUGAGGUGCCCCCUGAGAAGUGCCGUUGUGCAGUGGGCAGCAUCCUGAGUGAAGGUGAGGAAUUAGCCUCUCCUGAGCUCAUCCAUCUGUACGAGAAAUUUGGCUUCAAAGUAUUCUCAUUCCCGGCACCCAGCCAUGUGGUGACAGCUACCUUCCCGUAUACCACCACCCUGUCCAUCUGGCUGGCCACCCGCCGUGUGCAUCCUGCCUUGGACACCUAUAUCAAGGAACGGAAGCUGUGUGCCCACCCUCGGCUGGAGAUCUACCAACAAGACCAUAUCCAUUUCAUGUGCCCGCUGGCACGGCAGGGAGACUUCUAUGUGCCUGAGGUGAAGGAGACGGAGCGGAAAUUCCGGGGGCUACCGGAGGCCAAUGAUGCCCAGAUGGAUGGCACAGGAGCUGACACGAUGAGUGACACGAGUUCUGUAAGCCUGGAGGUGAGCCCUGGCAGCCGGGAGACUUCAGCCACCACGUUAUCCCCUGGGGCGAACAGCCGCCGCUGGGAUGAUGGUGACACUCGCAGUGAGCACAGCUACAGCGAGUCGGGGGCCAGUGGCUCAUCCUUUGAGGAGCUGGACCUGGAGAGCGAGGGGCCUUUGGGGGAGCCACGGCUGGAUCCGGAGACUGAGCCCUUGGGGGCCACCAAGUGGCCCUGGGAGCCCAGUACUCCUGAGAAGGGCAAGGAGUAACCUGUGGUCUGCACCUUACCGUGGUGCAGUUGCUAAGGAACUGAGCAGACUCUCCAGCCCUCUUCUUCCUUCACCACCCAGGCCCAGGCUGAGACUGGAGGUGCCUGGGGAACCUGACUUCCCACAUCCCAGGCUUCUUGCUAAGCCUUCUCCUCACUGCCCUUUCGGCUCCCAGGGCCAAAAGAGCCAGGGACUGUUUUCUGUACCAGCCCUUGGGGCUGCUGCCUCUGUUGUUUUUUUUCAGACUCACAUUGGAACUUCCAGGACCCAGAAUAAAGCAAAUGAUUUUCUUGUUUCACCUGGA